UGGCGACCGCCAGUGCAAAACGUGCGGUGUACACGGGCUGCACAAUUGACUGUUAAAUUCACUUUAAAGUGUUUGAAUAAUUUACACGGUUACAUUUUUACGCUCGGUGGAAGUAAUAAAUCGAGAUAGGGGAAUAAUUUACUUGGGUUACACUUGCAGGUAACACCGGCGGCGUCUCUAGUCGGAGCAAUUAUUAUAUUUCUUCUUGAGUUCUUUAAUCUUUUUCUGUUUCUCGAGUUCUGCUACAACCAUGGCUGUUUCGAGUUUAUUUGUCCGAAAUUUACCGGUUUCGGCCACCAACGAACGUUUGGAAGAAGUCUUUUCGGAACUCGGACCCUUAAAGAAGUGCUUUGUUGUGAAAGAAAAGGGAACGGACAGGUGCCGAGGGUUCGGCUACGUCGCCUUCUCCAUGGAGGAGGACUCGCGGAAGGCUUUGAAAGAGACGAUAAAAUACGACGGCCGCAAACUGUCCGUGACCGCGGCCAAGAAGAAAGCGUACGACAAGAAGAAGGAAGCUACAGAGGAACCAACUCCAAAAGAGCAAAAAACCAAAGAACUGAAAAACAAGAAUAAGAAAGCAAGGCUGAUCAUAAGAAACCUUAGCUUUAAGUGUUCUGAAGAGGACCUCCAGCAGGUCUUCUCCAAGUUCGGCACCGUCCUCGAAGUGAACGUUCCUCUGAAACCAGAUGGGAAGAAGCGUGGAUUUGCUUUCGUCCAGUUCAAGAACAUCCUGGAGGCAGGAAAAGCACUGAGCGCCACAAACAUGAAAGAGAUAAAAGGGAGGCAGGUGGCUGUGGACUGGGCUGUUGCCAAGGACAAGUUUGUCUCCACAGUGAAGGCCUCCCCAGGCUCCGCUGGAGAGGAGGCGCAGAUUGAGGAGACCCCACCAAGGAGCAAGCCUGGUGCCAAAUCUACUGCCGAGGAUGUCGAGACAGAUAGUGAAGGAGAGGAUGAAGAGGAGGGGGAUGACUCUGAAGAGGAAGAUGAAGCAGACUCUGAUAACAGUGAUGCUGGAUCUGAUGAUGAUGACGACGAAGAUGAAGAUGAAGGCGAUGACAGCAGCGAAGAUGAUGGACAUCCACCUAAAAAGAAUCCACAACCUUCUGAUGUUCGUGAAGGGAAGACCAUCUUCAUUCGCAAUCUGUCCUUUGACACCGAAGAGGAGACCCUAGAAGAAGCUCUGCUCAAGUUUGGAGAGCUGAAGUACAUCCGAAUUGUGCUUCAUCCAGACACAGAACACUCGAAAGGUUGUGCUUUCGCUCAGUUUAAGACAAAGGAAGCGGCCGAAAGGUGCAUCGCUGCCUCUCUGGACGAAUCGGAGAAUGGGGGCCUAAGGGUGGAUGGGCGCAAGCUGAAUGUUGUUCUUGCUGUGAGUCGGGAGGACGCCGCCAAGCUGAAGGAGAAGAAGGUGAAGACGCACACGGGGACCCGGAACCUGUACCUGGCCAGAGAGGGCUUGAUUCGCGCCGGGACCAAAGCGGCCGAGGGUGUGCCGGCUGCGGAUAUGGCGAAGAGAGAACGGUUUGAAGAAUUGAAGCGGUUGAAACUGCGAGACAUCAACGUCUUUGUAUCCAAGACGAGGCUGUGCGUCCACAACCUACCCAAGUCGGUGGACACAAAGCAGCUGCGGGUGUUGUGCUUGAAGGCAGCGGGCGGAGGCCGUGAUGCGAGGGUUGUGGAGUGCCGCAUCAUGUAUGACCGGAAGCCCCAGGGCAAGAAAGUGAUGGGCCGCUCACUGGGCUUUGCAUUUGUGCAGUUCCAGGAGCACGAGCAUGCCCUUGCUGCCCUGCGCUACCUCAACAACAACCCUUCUGUGUUUGGGCCCAACAAGAGACCCAUUGUAGAAUUCUCUCUGGAGGACAGCACAAAGCUGAAGAUCAAAGAAAUGCGAAGGCAGAAAAAUAAGCAUCACAGUAAGCAGGCACAACAGGAAAAGCAGCAGAAGCUCCACAAACCUGCCCCUGACCCAGAGGAGACAGACAUCAAGCAGUUCUCGGGAUUUAGGACAACAGCAGAGGUGGAGGAAGUUGAACUGCCUGAUGGGAAGAAGCGGAAAAAGGUCCUGCACUUGCCUUCACACAGAGGUCCUAAGAUCAGAAAGAGAGAUAAAGGGAAGCACGUGGCAGUCCAGCCAAAGAAAGUGAGCAAGCGGCCAACCAGGAAGGAGAUGACGUACUUACACCACAUGGAGAAGCAGACGCAGCCCAAGGGUCAGGUGAAAAAGAAAAGGCUCAGGAACAAAGACGAAGACAAGUUUGAUAACCUGGUGGAACAAUACAAGAAAAAGAUCCUGGGUGACUCUGGGAAGGCCAAGGUGUCAAAGAUGUUGAAGAAGAAGAAAUGGUUCUGCAGCUGAAGAUCUUCCUGUAUACCCCAACAGCAUCCUUGUCUUUUGCAGAUGUUUAUAAGCGAAGGUCUGCCUGUAAUUUUCUAGACUUUUUAUGCGGACACACUUUAUAA